CGCAACCGCAAGGUCCUCCUCAGGACGAUGCUCGUCUUCCUCGGCGGCUUCGUCCUCAUGCUCGAGCGGGCGUCGCUCCAGGUCCUCGGCAACGCGUCCUUCUUCGCAGGGAUCGUGACCGUCAUGCUCCCGCCUAUGUUUGCGCCUCAAGUCUUCCUCCUCGCCGCGGCCACCCUCGUCGUCGGCCAGUGCAUCGGCUGGGCGUGGGGCUGCGCGGCCAUGGUGGCGUCGUUGCGGGCCCGCGACCAGGUGCUCUUGCUCAGCCAAGUGCAGCGCGCGCAAGCCGGCAUCGCCGGCGCGACAAACCCGGACGUCGAGUACCGGCGCGAGAUCUUCGAGGGCGCCUUUCUGUCGUGGCGGUCGACGCUCGUGCACGGCUUCUUCUUCGCCGUCGGCCUGUUCGCCCUCGGCCUCAUCCGGGCAAAGAUGCCCAAGUUGAUGAUCCUCAGCAUCUUUGGCACCAUCGUCCUCGACAUCAUGUGCUCGUACGGGCCUCUGUUCCCUGUUCAGCAAUACACCCUCGCGACGACGUUCCUCAUCCCGACCGCGUGCUACCUCGCCAUCGCCCUCGCCGGGACCAUUCUCAUCUUUCCGCAGACGCUCAACUACUCGUGGACGACCGACCUCGUCGACAAGUUCCUGUCGCCCGUCCUGCAGCGCUCGCACCUCCACUCGCGCCUCCUGCACGAGCAGCCGCCGUCGUUCGACCCUGCCGCCGGCGACGCCCCCUCGCCCUGGUCGCCGUUCACCUCGGUCGUCCUGUCGACCCAGGAGGCCAUGUCGUCGGCCCUCGAAGGCCUCCUCGGCGGCAUUGGCAUGCUCGAGCUCGAGGUGUCGUUCGGUCGACUCGGCGCAAAGGACCUCAAGAGCCUCGCCGACAGCUUGCGCGAGCUGCACGUGCGCGGCGUUGGGCUCGCCGUCCUGUUCACGACGGUCCAGUCUGGCUACGAGCACGGCUCGGACACGCCGACGCGCAAGGCCAAGUCGCCUCGUGGCGGCGGCGCCGACGAGCGUCCCUUCACCGAGACGGCGCGCAUGCAGCGCGUGCGCGAGCGCCUCGGCGGCGCCGAGCGCCAGAACAAGCACGACCUCGGGUCGCUCCUGCCCGUGUUUGCGUCGGCGUCGCACGACCUGCGCGAGGCGAGCGACGGCGCCCUCGUCGCCGCCAUGGACUGGCUCACGGCGCAGAACGACUCGCGGUGGCGGUACGUGUCGCGCGGCAAGGCGCAGGAGGCCGACCGGUUCGCCGACCUCCAGGCCCAGGUCGAGCGGCUCGAGCGCGAGAUCGACUUGUACCGCUCCGAGCGCCGCAAGGCCGUCCUCGAGCCGUUUGCCGACUUUUUCGACCCGCACACGGGCCACCUGAGGCCGUUUGCCGAGCGCGGGCCCGACAAGCUGUUUGCGCCCGGCUCGCUCUUCACGAUCCUCGCCGCGUCCGACAACCUGACGCAGUACUCGACGGCCGUCCUGUCGUUCUCGUCGCACCUGUCGGCGCUCGCCGAGCGCCGCCGCACCAACCACCUGUGGCUCCCGAGCGGCCUGCGCCGGGUCGGCAACCUCGUCAAGGGGCGACACGGCGAGUCGGGCCCGACCGCGCUCGGCGACGGCGAGGACCCGGACAGCGUUCCCGACGUCGGCGACGAGUCGGACGAGGAGGAGGACCACCCGGUGCUGCAGAAGAAGGAGCAGAAGAGGAAGAAGAACAAAGACGACAAGCCCAAGACGAGGUUCGAGGAGGUCAUGGAGAAGAACUUUGACGCCGAGGCCCGACCGCCCAAGAACGCCCUGCAGCGCGGCACGCGACGGCUCGACCGCUUCUUCCGGUGGUGGGCCUCGCCCGACGCCAUCUUUGCGCUCAAGUACGUCGUCGGGUCGAUCUGUAUCUGGUUGUUCCAGGUGUUCCCGUCGACGGCCUACCUGUCGUACUCGCAAAAAGUGCUCUGGACCUUGAUCACGUUCCAGACCUUCCUUGCGCCCAACGCGGGCGACCAGAUUCUGUCGACGCUUCAACGCUGUGCCGGAACGGUCGUCGGGCUCGUCUACGGCAUGCUCAUCUGGUACAUCGGCGCCGGUCGAGGAGACGGGACCCGUCCCGGAAUCGGCGCCGCCCUCUUCGUCUUGAUGAUCCCGUGGUUCGCAGUCCGCUUGUACGCGCCGCCGUCGUCGGCCAUGUUUGGCAUCAUGGCGGCCGUCACGAGCGUCCUCAUCGUCGGAUACAGCUGGCAAGACACGCACCUUCCUGCGCUCGGCAACCCGGGCGUCGGCUACAGCGUCGCAUGGAGGCGAGCCCUCCUCGUCCUCAUCGGUGCUGGCAUCGCCGCCGUCUUCCUCCUCAUCCCGCCCCAGUCGAGCCGCCGGCUCGUGCGCCGCACGCACGCGACGUGCGUCCACGAGCUGGGUCGCCUCUACACCGCCAUCGUCUCGGAGUGGCUCAGCGAGGAGGGCUACGACGAGUCGGCGUCGGUCGACCGGGAGCGCGACGGGUCCAAGGAGGGCGCCGACCUGCGCGAGAGGGACGAGCCGUUCUCGGCGGCAACGCGCCAGGUUGGACGGGCCAAAAUGCUCGCUCUGCGAGUCAAGCUCAACUCGUCGCGGAUCGCCAUCGAGCAGGCGGCGUUCGAGCCCUCGCUGCGCGGCGACUGGCCCAAGGACAACUACACGCGCCUCCUCACGCUGCAGCUCGCGCUCCUGCAGGCGCUGGCGCAGCUCGCGCAGGCCCUCAUCCGCCUCGACCACACGUGGCGCGAGCGGCUCGUGCACGAGACGGCGUUCCUCAACCAGCCUCUCCUCGCGACGAGGACUGACACGCCCUCUUUGCGUCCGCAGAUCUCGCUCGCCCUGCGCGAGGGCGCUCCCCUGCCUGAAGCGACGCCCGGCCCCCUGCUCGACCGCCUCCUCCAGCACGACCGGCGCCUGCGCCUCUUUUCCGAGGGCGGCAUGCCCUCCUCCUCGCGCGCGCCCGCACACGACCCCGCGCACGACGACGACGACGACGACGACGACGUCAACCAUGCCGACGAGGCGCACGGCGCGUCGGUCGAAGGCGCGCGCGUCGGCUCGUUCGCGCUCACGCUCUCGGUCCUGCGCGACGAGCGGUUCGCGGCGUACGCGGCGGCGCUCCAGGCGCUCGCGGGCAUCCUGCGCGACUGCGACGCGCUCGAGCGCGAGGUCAAGCGCCUCGUCGGCGAGACGAGGUUCCCGGGCUAUGCAGCACUCAGGGCUAGGGAGCGGGUCGAGGGGGUCUGAGCAAGCGAGGAGGGCUGGUAGAUGUUCGGGGCUCGUGUAGAACGGUGUUCUCGGAG